GUGAUGACGACUCCAUAGCUGAUUUUCUAAAUAGUGAUGAAGAGGAAGACAGAGUUUCUUUGCAGAAUUUGAAAAGUUUAGGUAAGAAAAAAAAAAAUAAAACAUGUCUCAAAAGCAGAUGAAGGAGGCCUUUGUGAGUAACCACAAUGGAACCAGCGUGCUGGAAAUCACCCAGGGCUUGUGCUAUCCGGCGCUCUGCAUCCUGUGCAGGGGGCUCCUCGUCGUUUUCUUGCAGCUCGUGGGUUCUCCUUCAGAUACCCGGAGCAUGCGAUUCUUCAUUGACUUUGUCAGCUUCGUAGUUCCUAUGGUGGCCACUUUAACUGUUUUGUCUGACUUUAUCGUCCUUGAGAAUCUCACUGUAAUUCUCCUUGGGGCAGGGCUGUUCUAUCAAAUAUACUGGAAAAGGACUUGCUAUCCCAGAUUACCUGUCCAGAAAAUUCUUGAGAAAUUCUUGAAAAUUAGCCUAGAAUCAGAAUACAUUCCGGCCGUGUCUUGUUUCCGUGUAGUUAACAGUGUCUUUACUGCCAUUGCCAUUUUGGCUGUGGACUUCCCACUUUUUCCUAGAAGGUUUGCUAAAGCUGAGCUCUAUGGGACAGGAGCAAUGGAUUAUGGAGUGGGCGCCUUUGUUUUCGGAACUGCAAUUGUUUGUCCAGAGGUCAGAAAGAGAAAAUAUUUGGAUGGGUCCAGAUUUUACUAUUUUACAAAGUCCUUGUACUCUGUUUGGCCAUUACUCUUACUUGGAAUGGGACGGUUAGUCAUUAUAAAAUCCAUAGGCUAUCAGGAACAUGUAACUGAGUAUGGAGUUCACUGGAACUUUUUCUUUACCUUAAUUGUCGUGAAAGUGUUAACAUCAUUGCUUUUGAUUGUUUUCCCUCUAAAUAAGUCCUGGUUUGCAGCCAUUAGCACUAUUGUAUUGUAUCAACUAGCCCUUGACUUUACUCCACUGAAGAGGUUAAUUCUAUAUGGCACUGAUGGCAAUGGCUCAAGAGUUGGUUUAUUUAAUGCCAACCGGGAAGGAAUAAUCUCUACCUUGGGAUAUGUGGCGAUCCACAUGGCUGGCGUGCAGACGGGGUUGUUUGUGCUAAAACGCAGAUCAGAUACCAAAUAUUGGAUAAAAACAGGAUGUUGUCUUCUUCUGGCAGCCAUUAGCCUAUUUGUGUCUCUUCACAUCGUUCAAGUAAGCAUAGAACCAGUGUCUAGAAGAAUGGCCAAUUUAGCUUUUUGUAUUUGGAUAGUUGCUUCUAGCUUGAUCCUUCUUGGUUGUUUAUUACUAGGUGAUAUGAUUUUGAGUUUUGCAAAAUUUCUAAUGAAAGCAGCUCUGGUACCCUGUUCUUGGGAACUUACCCAAUCACCGGCUACAAGUAAGAAGCAUGCAAGGUCUCUAGUCCCUGAAGCUGAUAGAAAAGAACCCAGUUUUUGUUUAAUCACAGCUCUGAACAAAAACCAGCUGACUUUUUUCUUGCUCUCAAAUGUAACCACUGGCCUGGUCAAUCUGACAGUAGACACGUUACACAGCAGUACUUUGGGGGCUUUAUUUGUUCUUACCUUCUAUAUGUUCAUCAACUGUUUAAUUAUAUACAUACUUUAUUUGCAAGAUAAGACUAUUAAGUUCUGGUGAGCAACAGGAUGUAUGCUAAUUUGAGCAGUAUUUUAUUCGGAAAGAAUAAAUGAAAAGGUGCUUUGGAACCCAAUCUCAACAAUUUUAUUAUAUAGAGUGUCAGGCCUUUAACUUCAGUGAGGCUGAAUAUUUUAAUAUAUGUCCACAGUGCAUAAACCAAAUCAAUAAAAAGAAACGUAACCUUGUGAUUUAUUGUGAUUUAUUAUGAUUUAUUAAACAGUUACAAUUUGGAAGAUUGGAGAGUGGAAAGAAGGAAUUUUAGUUUCUAUCUUAAUAUUACCUUUUGCCACUUCGUAUAUUUUCACUGUAUUUUACAAUGUUUAUAUUAAAUGAAAUGUUUGUAUUUAUUUCAGUGUGAACUGUAGAUUGUCAAUAUUUCUUUGCAGCU